UUCUGCUAGGAUUUAGAAUUUAUAUAUAGUAAAUAGAAUAAUAUGCAAUAAUGUACGUACUUUCUAAAAUAAUAAAUACAUAGCCAAUUCGCGUCUCUGCCCGUUCGUAGCAAGUUAUCUGGAUUUCCCUAGAAACUGAUUACUGGGAUCAUUCUGAUGCUCUGAAUAAUGCAAUCCACUUGGAGUUGGAACAAAGUCAACAUCCAGCUAUGCUUUCCGGAAGAACCUUAAACAGAAUCCUCUCACUGUCAAUGGCUGCUUUUGAUUUUAGAUAAGACAUGACAAGUCAUACUUCGCUUAUUAGUUUUUCUGGUUUUCAACACACUUUUGCCUCUGGUCAAUAAAACACACCCUCCACCUAUGCUUCUCUUUCCAGUUUCUCACUUUCUGGUUACCAUAAAUAGGAUAGCCUUUCUUCCAGCUUGAAAAAAAUCAGAGUGAAUUUUACUCUCAAUUAAUAGCACAAAUGGCUUCAUUUCCCCUUGUUUUCUUGCUCUUACUCUGUUCUAGCACUGCAUCACUUGCAAGUAUCAUCUCCUUUUGUAAUGAGAACUCCACCUUAGCAAGUGCUCAAAUGUCAGCCAACAUCGAUGUCGUGUUGGCUCAAUUAGACUCAAACACUGCUAAAAAUGGUGGGUUCAGCAUUGCCACUUACGGCCAGGGAAAAGACACGGUUUACGGGUUGGGACAAUGCAGAAAAGACGUGAAUUCCUCUGCUUGUUCCACCUGCAUUCAUGAUGCAGCCGCUUAUAUUCGUCAGAGUUGCUAUUACGAAGCUAAUAGCACUGAUGAAAGGAUUUAUUACGAUAGUUGCCUGUUGAGGUAUUCCGAUCAGAAAUUCUUCGGGAUAUUCGAUCCGUCCGGCGUUAUCAACUUGCCCUAUGCUGGCAAACCCUAUGGUAACAAGGUGGAAAACCCGAAAGUGUUCAGGCAACAACUGUCAACUCUGAUGAAUGAUAUGAUUUCGCAAGCGAUUGCGCCGGCUAAUAAAGGGUUCUUCGGGAAAGGAAGUUUUAACACAUCGGCAUCUGAAACUAUUUAUGGAGUGGUUCAGUGCACUCAGGAUCUGUCCACCAGUACUUGUUCGACUUGUCUGAAAACAGGGUUCGCUAACCUCGACAGAUUCUGCAGGAAGGGCAGAACUAAAGGAUGUCAGAUUCUAUACGGCAGCUGCUUUCUGCGUUAUGAAAAAAAUCCCUUUUAAAGUUGUUUUUGUUUCCAGGCAUUGUAAUCCUAUUUAUACAUACAGUAGUUCAAAUACCUUAAAAUAAUAAACGUCAUGCUAAAGAGCAUAUGCUGUUUGGAAAUCAAACUGAACUCGUUUUUGUAUCUUUAAUAAUCACAGAUUAUCAGUUCUCUACCUUAAAAUGCAGUGACAUUUGAGUCAUGCUGAGUUCCUUUCUUCUGAAAUUAAGUAUGUACCUCUAUUGUUGAUGGUGGAAUAAAUUUGUUUUCUGUUUGAAGGUCAACUUCUUAUUUUGAGUCUUUGACCAUCUUCUCUGUCCUGCAUUAUAUCCAUUUUGGUUUUGCCCCCUUUUUUGACUCCAAUUAUUGAAAUCGCGACUUUAUGGGCUGGCGGUCAACGACAAUAUUUUCCCUUUUUCUUGCGUUUAUUUAUGAAUUUAUGGAG